AUGAUAAAACUUGUCGCAUUCGAUCUCGAUGGCACGCUCGCGGAGAGCAAGCAGCCUCUUCUCGACUCCAUGGGCGAAGCUCUAGCAGACCUUCUAAGCGUCGCACACGUCGCAGUUAUUUCAGGCGGUGACUGGCCACAGUUUCAGAAGCAAGUCGCCAGCCGACUCCCUCCUCGCGCUGAUCUCUCCAAGCUCUGGCUCAUGCCUACCACCGGGACAAAGCUCUACACUCACAAAGGCGACGAAUGGAAGGUCGAGUACGCUGAGCUCUUUAGCGAGGAGCAGAGGAAGAACAUCAUCGAAGCAUUCAAUGCAUCACUCGACGCAACGGGCUUCCAGCCAGAGCAGACAUGGGGCGAACGCAUCGAAGACCGAGGAAGUCAAAUCACCUUCUCUGCUCUUGGCCAACAAGCUCCCGUAUCAGCCAAGGAAAUCUGGGAUCCUAGCUUUGCGAAGCGAAAGAUCAUCCAAGCUGAUCUUUACAAACGUCUUCCAGAUCUAUCCAUCAAUAUGGGUGGAGCCACGUCGAUUGAUAUCACACAAAAGGGUGUUGACAAGGGCUAUGGGUUGAAGAAGCUUUCAGCUGCGAGCGGUAUUCCAUUGGAGCAGAUUAUGUUUAUCGGAGAUGCCAUCUUUCCUGGCGGAAACGAUUACCCGGCUAAGGAGUUGGGAUUGCACACGGUGCGUGUUAAGAAUCCUGAUGGGACGUUGGCUGCUAUCGCGGGUAUUGUUGCGUGUUUGAGUGAGACGGGUCCUUUGAAUUGA